AUGGGACCUAGCGCAUUUGAUAUACUGUGUGACCAAUUAGAUCCGGCUGACCCGUUCUCGCAGGAUUACGAGUCAUUGACGGCCAAGUUGGAAGAAUUCUAUGAUCCGGCUCCGUUGGAAAUAGCGGAAAAUUUUAAAUUUCACCAACGACGACAAAUUGAGGGCGAACAAGUACAACAAUUUGCGGCUGCCCUACACAAGUUAAGUUUACAUUGUAAAUUUGGGAGUUACUUGAAGACAGCCCUAAGGAACCAAUUGGUUUUUGGUCUUUCAAGUAAGAAGAUUCAAACGAGACUUCUUGAGAAGAAGGAGUUAACGUACGAGGAAGCGGUACAGAUAGCCACCACGAUGGAGCUUUCGGAGAAGGGGGCAACAUCUUUACAAAAUGGCGCUACAAGUCCGACGGCAGGCGUGGAAUAUCUACAGGCUGGGAAGAAGCCAUUGAAGAAAUCGAAGGACAACAAUAAUAAUCAUAAUUCUUUUAAAAAGAAAUUAGCGAUUACUAAUUUUUCGAAGCAAAAUAAUAAUAAGGCGUCGCGUUCUAAUUCGAAUAAGGAGAGCGCUAAAUUAAUUAAGUGUUUCAGAUGCGGAAAAGGGCAUUAUGCUUCCCAAUGCACGUUAAGUAGAGAAGUACGUUGCUCGGGCUGUGGAGGAUCCGGACAUUUGGCAAAAGUCUGUUUCAAGAAGAAGGAGUAUGCAAAUAAUUUGGAUGAGGUAUUACAAUUGGAGCAAGCAGAGCAACGGGAUAAAUUCUUUUGCGUGCUCUUAGUAAAUAACAAGCGAAUUCGUUUCGAAGUGGAUAGUGGCUCUGCAGUCACGAUCAUGAAUUGCGAGCAGGUACGUGCCUUAUUUCCGGGUUCGACCAUUUUCAGAACAAAUCUUAAUUUAAUUUCGUAUUCUAAAACAAUAGUUAAAAUCUUAGGAUAUAUAUCAGUUUAUGUACAAGGAAAUGAGACACGAAAGAAAUUGAAUAUUUACUUAACUGAAUUAGAUAAAGAACCGUUAUUAGGUAGGGAAUGGAUACGACAGUUGAAAGGUCAGCGUGGGGUGCCAGAGUUCCUCGAGUGCAAGUUAUUGGAAAAUAUUAAUUCUACGCCGCGGAAUUUUCAUAAUCGAUUACAAUUAAGUUUACGUAAAUUCGAGGAAAUACGUGAGCCUACUUUGGCUAAGAUUACGGGCAUACAAGCCAGACUUACAAUGAAACCGGAUGCAACUCCGGUAUAUUUAAAGGCAAGGUCAGUACCAUUUAAAUUGAUUCCUUUAAUAGAUAAUGAAUUAGAUGAAUUGGUUAAAGCGGGAAUUUUUACAAAGACGGAAAACUCGGAAUGGGCUACACCUAUUGUUCCGGUGUUGAAAGCGAAUGGCACUAUUAGAAUAUGUGGAGAUUACAAAUCCACAAUAAAUCCUAAACUUAUAAUUGAUGAACACCCGUUACCAACUACAAACGAACUUUUUGCUAAGUUAGCGGGUGGCGUUAAAUUCUCAAAAAUUGACUUACGCCAAGCUUAUUUACAGUUAGAAAUACACCCGGAAAAUAGGAAGUUACUUACUUUAAAUACGCAUAGAGGACUUUACGUAGUUAAUAGACUGAUGUACGGUGUCGCAUCAGCUCCGGCAAUCUGGCAAAGAACAUUGGAGCAAAUAUUGCAGGAUAUUCCUGGAGUGGCAAUUUUUCUCGAUGAUAUAGUAAUUACGGGCCAUUCAGAGGAGGAUCACUUACAUAGAUUACAUAGGGUGCUAGAGAGAUUGCAUAAGCAUAACGUGCGAAUCAACUUAGAGAAAUCAGAGUUUUUUACACAUGAAGUUAAAUACUGCGGUUACUUAUUACGAGAGGACGGUAUACAUAAAGAACCUUCUAAAAUGGAAGCAAUUAGGAACAUGCCGCGUCCACAAAAUGUUUCUGGCGUCCGAGCCUUCAUCGGUAUGAUUAACUAUUAUAGUAGAUUUAUUAAAAAUCUAAGUUCAAUCUUACGACCGUUAAAUAAGUUAUUACAUAAGAAUACUCGUUUCUCGUGGUCAGAAGAACAAGAAGUAGCUUUUAAAAAAGCCAAAGAGGCAUUUGUGAGCAAUCAAGUCUUGGUACCUUUUGACCCGAAAUUACCGGUGGUUCUCGCGACGGAUGCUAGUCCCCACGGAAUAGGGGCAGUACUUUCGCAUACAUAUCCCGAUGGGUCGGAAAGGGUUAUACAAUACGCGUCACAAACUUUAUCCGAUACGCAGCAAAGAUACGCACAGAUAGACAAAGAAGCAUAUAGUAUAAUAUUCGGUAUUAAGAAGUUCUAUCAAUAUCUGUAUGGAAAUAAGUUUACUCUAGUUACGGACCACAGACCAUUAGUACACAUUUUAUCUCCAAAUAAAAGUUUGCCGGUUUAUAGUGCAAUGAGAAUGCAGCAUUACGCCAUUUUCUUGCAAGGAUUCAAUUAUACUAUCAGGUAUAGAAAAUCGGAAAGUCAUGCAAAUGCCGAUUGCCUUUCGAGAUUACCGUUAAAAGAAUAUACAAAAAAUAUGGAUGUAAUAGAUGUUUUCGAAUUAAGUACACUAGAAACACUACCGGUGGAUGCAAAAUGCAUCGAGUUGCAUACACGAAAAGACACGGAGUUACAAAAACUCCUACAAGCGUUACAAUCAGGCACUCUGGCACAUAGCGCUGACAGAUUCAAUUUAGAGCAAACGGAAUUCUUAUUACAAGAAGGUGUAAUUUUUCGAGGUCAUCGGGUCGUAAUACCGAAAUCUUUGCAGAAAAAAAUACUAGAAGAAUUACAUACGGGUCAUUUUGGAAUUAAUAAAAUGAAAGGUAUAGCUAGAAGUUAUUGUUGGUGGAAAGGAAUUGACGAUGAUAUAAAAGCUCUAGUGGAAAAUUGCCAAAAUUGUAAUACGUUCAAAAAUAAUCCACAAAAAGUGGAACAACACAUUUGGGAGCCAUCAGCGGCACCCAUGCAUCGAGUCCAUGCGGACUUUGCAGGUCCUUUCCUAGGACGUUGGUUUUUCAUCGUAGUUGAUUCAUAUUCAAAAUGGCCCGAAGUAAGAAUAGUAAAAAAUCUGAUGGCGAAAACAGUUAUAGAGGAAUGCAGGGAUAUAUUUACAAAAUACGGCAUCCCACAAAUUUUUGUAACCGAUAACGCACCGUAUAACCCGGCCACAAAUGGCCAAGCCGAGCGUUUUGUACAGACUUUAAAAAAUGCGCUACGACGCAUGAAGGCGGACACGACCAAUGUACGCGAAAAUCUUAGUAAAAUGUUACUACAGUACCGUAUUGCGCCGCAUGCGAUGACUAAAAAGUCGCCAGCAGAACUGUUUUUAGGUAGAAAGCUUCGUACAAGACUUGACUUGUUAUUUCCUUUACCUGAGAAAGAGGAGACGAGUUCCUCAUAUUCAUGUGUUAAUAAAAGUUUUAAAUUGGAUGAGCGAGUAUCGUGUAGGAAUUAUGUAGGUAAAGAUAAAUGGAAAUUCGGAAGAAUUAAAAAGCGUUGCGGAAUAGUGCAUUACUUAAUCGCGCUUGAUGACGGACGAACCUGGCGAAGGCACGUUAAUCAGAUGCGAUUAAUAGGGCAGGCAACUCCGAAUCAAGAAACAGACUGGGAUCACGGUCCCGUGGAGGAUUUGACCGUUCGAAUUGAAGCGAACGCAUCGGAAAAUAAAACUACCGAUAAAGAGCAACAGAAAGAAUCGUCACAGGAGAUUCAACAACAACCGCCGGAUCGUUCACAGCCCCAGCAGAUAGAGAUCGUUCCGCAGGAGUCGAUUAAGCAGCAAAAGAAUGUAAUCCAAAAAGGAACUAUGCGGAAACCACGAGAGCCGGUUAUAGGGAGCGUUGUGCGAAAAUCCGAUCGAAUUGCGGCAAAGGGCACAAUCGUCAAAGCAAAGAAAUAA